AUGGACAAGGUGGAGGAGAGCGGCAGCGGCUACGAGGUGCUGACGGAGGAGAGUGCCGCACGCUGGCUGUGGCGCCUGGCAGUGGCCCGCGAGCUAAUGGGCGGGUCGGGACCGAAUGAGUGGUCCGUGGCCGAGGUGGGCGACGGCAACCUCAACCUCGUCUUCAUCGUGCAGGGUCCCCACGGCGCCCUCGUGGUCAAGCAGGCUCUGCCCUACGUGCGGUGCGUGGGCGAGGGCUGGCCGUUGUCUGCGCGUCGGGCGUGGUUUGAGUGGGAGGGCCUGUCGGAGCAGCACCGCCACGCCGCGGGCCGGGUGCCGACGCCCAUCCACUACGACCCCGCCCUCUUCGCCUUCGCCAUGUCCUACCUCUCCCCGCACAUCAUCCUCCGCCGCGGUGUGGUGGAGGGUAGGGAGUACCCGCGAGCCGCGGAGCACUUGGGCGAGUUCCUCGCCCGCACGCUCUACGCCACGAGCGUCCACAAGCCUCUACCGACCACCCACGAAGCUUCGGCCGAGCGGCGCCGCCAGAUCGAGUUCUUCGACCAGAACCACAUGCACACCAUCACCGAGGAGCUGUUCUUCGUGGAUCCCUUCACGGAUUGCUCACGCAACCGCUGGAACUCUCCGCAUCUCGAUGACGUCGUGCUCGAGCUGCGCGAGGACGAGGAGCUCAAGGAGCGGGCGGAAGAGCUCAAGGUGAGAUUCCUGACGCACAAGGAGGCCCUCCUGCACGGCGACCUGCACACGGGCUCGGUCAUGGUCUCCCCCGACGACACCCGUGUCAUCGACCCCGAGGUUCGUUUCGAUGUGGGACUGCUGGUGGGCAACCUGCUGCUGGGGUUCUUCAGCCAGGCCGGCCACGCCGACAAGGAGGGCCAAAGCCAUGCGGGCGGGCGGGAGGCCUACAAGCUGUGGCUGCUGGACACCAUCCGCGAGCUGUGGCGCCACUUUGUGCGCCGCUUCACCGCCCUAUGGGAAGCGGACCGCGAGGACUCAGAUCACGAGCGAAGAGAGGCGGAAGCGGCGGUGGAGCAGGUGUGGGUCGAUACGCUGGGUUACGCUGGGAGCGCCAUGAUACGGCGGAUCGUGGGACUCGCCCACGCCCUCGAACUCGACGCCAUCGAGGAUGCUGCCGUGCGCGCCCAGUGCGAACGGAGAGCCCUGGCCCUGGGCCGCGAACUGGUGAUGGUAUCUCGUCGGCCUCAAUCAGCCCUGGUCACCGUCGACGCCCUGUGCCUCCGCGCCCAAGCCAUUGACCGGCAGAGCUAA